GCGGUGAGUUAAUCGGAAAGAGCAGAGGCUGCUGCAGAAUGCAGCAGUGAGUGAUGCAGCCACUCAGCAGGAGAGAAAGUUGCCUCAGAGAGAACUGUGAAGUCUUUCUUCAGCAAAAAGAAAUUUUCUCUCUCUGUCCAAGAGGUGCAACUCUACUCAGUGGAGCAUGUCCUUUCCCAGGCCUCCAAGAUCAACUUAGUUAGCUGCAGGCUAGCUUUGAGACAUGGGAAAAGUCAAUAUCAAGCAACGGGGUUUCCACCUUUUGGCAAUCCAUGAAAGCAACGUACAGCACAUGUACUCAUCUCCCUCACUAUUUCCAUGGCUGUUAGACUAUUUUUACUAUCUGGUUCCAAGAACAAAUAGACAUAAGUGUAGUUCUAGGAACUAUAGAGCACUACAACCAGGGGGAUCUGUACUCAUCACAAGCACAGCAGCUGAAAUAGCAGAGAAAGAUAGAGAUACAGGGAGAAAUGGGAAAGUCCAAGUGAGAAAGAAAAAACAAAGCAUGAAGGGAAAAGCAAAAAAGGAACAAAGAGGCACACACAGGGGAGGGAGAGAGCAGUGAGCACAACUGAGAUAGCCCAUGUUUAUGGACCAUAUUUAUAUUUAUUUUGAGCAUGUAUAAGCAAAAAGGUUAGAGCAGAGCAGGAAGGCAUCCUCUAACUUACAGCCAAAGACCAUCCUCACAUUCUGCUGCCUCAGUGCAGAGAGUGGGAAUUCAGGUACCAAGGGCUGCUGAGAAACAGUACACUCCAAGGCCUGGAUGGCUGGCUGCACCACAACAGCUGUACGCUGCACCUGUCAUCUUCUGGAGAGCAUGAGGUUCUAGGCAUUCAGACACCCCUCUGAUAAGGGGGGUCUGUGCCUCACUGACUUUAAUGCUACUCAGGAAACAGCAAACACCUGCAUCUCUCUAAGCACUGGAGACCAGUAGAGGAGCUGCACUAUCUUCCUGUUCAGACUGUCAAUGACAAGAAAGGACUGUCUGGGAAUAUGAAGGUUGUGGGCAGCUUUGAAUGCAGCAACCACGAGAUAGUGGAGCUCAGGAUCUUACAUGGAAGAAACAAGGCAAUAAGUGGAAUUGCAAUCCUAGACUUCAGGAGAGCCAACUUUGACAUCUUCAAGGACCUACUUGCAGGUAUCCCAUCGGUUACAGCAUUGGAAGGUUUUAAAUAAACACCUCAGCUGUGAUAUAAGAUCACGGUGAAGGUAAAAGCUGUGAAAAGCAACAGAGUUAGAUAUUUUAAUUUUUAAUGAGAAGCAAGAGAGAAAGAUGCCAACAUUGGAUGACAUUUUAGAGCACAUCGGAGAAUUUGACAGGUUCCAGAAACAAACCUUCUUCGCCCUGUGUUUGCUUUCUGCUGCCUUCACUCCAGUCUAUGUGGGGGUCGUCUUCUUCGGGUUCACCCCCGAGCACCGCUGCUUCAGCCCUGGCGUGGCGGAGCUGAGCCAGCGCUGUGGCUGGAGCCUGGCGGAGCAGCUGAACCACACCGUUCCCAAGUGGGGCAGCCAUGGGGCCGCCUACAGCAGCCGCUGCAGCAGGUAUGAGGUGGACUGGAACGCAACGGGUGUCAGCUGCACCGACCCCCUUGGCAGCCUCGUGGGCAACCGGAGCUCUGUCCCACUUGGCCCCUGCCAAGAUGGGUGGGUCUAUGACUACCCCGGGACCUCCAUAGUGACUGAGUUUAACCUGGUGUGUGAGGACUCCUGGAAGCUGGACCUCUUUCAGUCAUCUGUGAACGUUGGGUUCUUUAUUGGCUCUGUGAUAAUCGGCUACAUAGCAGAUAGGUUUGGUCGCAAGCUCUGCCUCUUGAUCACAGUCCUCAUCAAUUCUGUCUCAGGGGUUCUCGUGGCCUUCGCACCCAGCUACACGUGGACAGUGAUCUUUCGGUUGAUCCAGGGGCUGGUCAGCAAGGGGGGCUGGCUGACAGGCUACGUCUUGACUGCAGAAUUCGUUGGCUUAAGCUUCCGGAGGACAGUGGGCAUCAUCUACCAACUUGCCUUCACUGUGGGACUCCUCAUCCUCACUGCUGUGGCUUAUGUGCUCCCACGCUGGAGAUGGCUUCAGCUUGCUGUCACCCUGCCCAAUUUCUUCUUCUUACUCUACCACUGGUGUCUGCCUGAGUCCCCCAGGUGGCUAAUAACUCAGAAGCAAAAUGACAAAGCUAUGGAAGUUAUUAAGCGCAUUGCCAAGAGAAACAAGAAGCAGCUACCUCCCUCUUUCCAGAACCUCAAAUCUGAAGAUGAAGAUGGAGAAAAGCUGAAACCUUCAUAUCUAGACCUGGUCAGAACACCUCAGAUAAGAAAGCACACAUUCAUUUUGAUGUACAGUUGGUUCACAAGCUCCGUCCUCUACCAAGGGCUCAUCAUGCACAUGGGACUAGCUAGUGGGAACAUUUACCUGGAUUUCCUCUAUUCUGCUCUUGUUGAGUUCCCAGCUGCCUUCAUCCUCUUGUUAACAGUGGAUCGCAUUGGCCGUCGCUACCCAUGGGCUGUGGCAAAUGUGAUGACAGGUGGUGCCUGCCUUGUUACGGCAUUCGUCCCAGACACUCUCUAUUGGCUUAAAAUGACCGCAGCGUGCCUGGGCAGGAUGGGAAUUACCAUGUGCUAUGAAAUGGUUUGUUUGGUAAAUCCUGAGCUGUAUCCAACUUCUCUCAGGAACCUAGGGGUGCUGAUCUGCUCAUCCAUGUGUGACAUCGGUGGAAUCAUGACUCCCUUCAUCGUGUACAGACUGGCGGAGCUCUGGCACGAGCUGCCCUUGGUUCUCUUUGCUGGGAUUGCUUUUGUUGGUGGUGGCUUGGUCUUGCUCCUACCUGAGACGAAGGGAAAAACUCUGCCUGAGACCAUUGAAGAUGCUGAAAACAUGCACAGACAAGAAAGAAGCAAGGAAAACACAAUUUAUCUUCAAAUUCUGACUUCAGAAGCUGUACCCAAACUUCUUUUAGUAUCAAGCUGAGACCUUGGCAAUCACAGCAGGAGAGCAGCUCCAUAGACACACCCAAUUGCAUCUUCACAGCCCCUCAACCAAACUCAAGGCUAAACUGUUCACUGCUGACCCUGCAAUAAAUGUUAAUUUUGCAACUGCCUGGGCCAGUGUCAUCUGAAGGCCAUGCUCAGCAAGACAAAAUACUUCCCUACCAUCAAGGCCCACACAGCAAGACUGAACAUUAACUGCUGCUCAAGCCUGGUGAAAGCAAAGGUAAAGUCACCACACUGACAACCAAGUAGUCGUCCUGGAGCAAUUGGACACUGCCGGUGAGUCUAGCAGUAUUUUUACUCAGCUGAGUGCCCUGUCUCCACAGAUGACUAUUAAGCAGCAUCAGUAUCCUUAGCAGAAACCAGCGCUCUCCAACACUGUUAGGGGCCAGCAAGGCAAAAAAACAGUGACAGAAAACCACAAUACCUCAUGUCUGUUCUCCCCUGAAACUGCAAGAUGUAAAGGUUGCUCAGUGGGGUGGAAAAGGAAAAGCAGAACAUGAUCAGGAGAGAUGAGCAAUUACUGCAGUGCUACCACAGAGAGCAGAAAGGGGAACAAGGCACAAAGAAAGGCAAACCCAAUUCUGAAACAGCUGCAAAUCAUGAAAGGUGCUGAACUGUCCCUAACAGAUCCAACUUUGCUCCUAAUGCUCCCUGAGGCAGAGGACUACUUGACAAGCCUCAGCUCAGAAACUCUGCCCUAUGUAAUAAAAUUAGAUAAGGUUUAUUCUCAUCUCAGUUCUACAACAGAGGCACAUCUCUGUUACGUUACGCUACCCAUGCGAGACAGUUAAGUCAGAUUGUUUAUAAAUCUGAGGUUUAUAAAGUUCAUUUGGAAUGGACUCCACAAUCCCCAAGUUAAAAAUCUGCCCCAUGUUGAGAUCGACACAGUUUGAGUGAAAAUUUUCCAGCCCUAAAACAUUUCUAUUAUAGAGUACAGAGAGGGAACAAGCUAUGCAGCACCAGGGACAAUCACAUCAGAAAAUCUCAAACAUUCAAAUGAAAGGAUAGACAGAAAAAAAAGGGAAGGAUGGAGUAUAGUAUUCUUAUCAGUGGAGACUUUCAAGAUGCAAUUGUGCAGCAUG